GUGCUGUAUGUGAACCAGGAUCACUUCGGUCCCAACAUUGUGAAGCAGGUUACGAGCUUUGCACAGGGCGCCGUGGAGGGCUACACGAACGCUGCGAGAAUUUCGCCGCCUUCGGCCGCGCUACGCGGAACAGCCGCGGACAUCAUCGUCGUGGGCGUGCGCGAGCUCUACCAACACGGAUGGGCUGCGGACCCCAUGCUUCAGCAGGUUUUGCUGAUCGGCGAUGCCCCUGCUGCGGAGAUCAAUUUCGAGCUCCUCAAGGAACAGCGGGAGCGACGCCUUCAGCAAGAAAGGGAGAGGUGCCGGCAGGAGGCGGAAGCAAGGCGGCAGGCGCUUGCCGACGAGCAGGAGGUGGCCGAGGCGGCGGCGCGCCGCGCGGCCGCGGAGGAGGCCGAGGCCUUGGCCAAGGUUGUCAGUGGGAUGGACGAGCCCGUCAGCCCCGACCAGGCCGUCUUGAACAUGUCCGCCUCUGCCGCUGCUACUGGUAGCCGGGAGGCCAACUGCCCAUGGAAGACAGUGGAUUUCUCCCCCGAAGGAGACGAUCCGGCAAUGUCGGACGAGGCCAACUAUCAGACUCUGGUGCCAGCUCAUCUGCUGACCGGCGUCGACAGCGAUGAGUGCAAGACCCUGGUUCCACUGCCAGUGGCUUUGGAGUUCAGUUCUGAUCUCAGCCCUCCACGGGAACAUGCUGCCGCAGAAUCCCCCCUUUCGGCGCAGGACUUUCCAGGAGAGGUCACCUGCGGCCAGCCAGUUUGGCUCCAUGUCUAUGAUCUGACGGACUCGUUCCAGCUCCCUGUUCUCAACUCCGCGCUUCGACGGGCAGGUGCUGGUCUUUUCCAUGCGGGCAUCGAGGUCCAUGGCUAUGAGUACAGCUUCGGACUCCGUCAGAGGGGCAGUGGGGUCUACACUUCAGUGCCGAAGAAGAACACGGCACAUGCGCAGCUGGGCAGGCGAUUCAAUCUGCAGACAAGCCAUAACUCUGCAACGUUGUAUCAUGCAUUGCAGGUACUAGUUACUAGCAUUUCAUAUCACGUCACAUCACGCACCUGUUAUUGUCUGCUUAAGCGUCUUGAAACUGCACUGUCAAGUUCUGACGCCCAGAAAUCCUGCCAGAAUCCAGCGUAA